AUGAACAUCGACACGGACAGUCUCGUAUACCACAUCCAGUGCGACGAUGUGUACGAGACGAUGAAAUGCGAUAUCGCUAAAUUCGGUACGAGCGAUUAUCCACCGGACAACGCGUACGGGAUGCCUUUCGUGAAUAAAAAAGUACCCGGUCUAAUGAAGGAUGAGAAUAACGGUGCGAUAAUGACAGAAUUCGUCGGACUCAGAGCGAAGAUGUACGCGGUGAGGGUGGACGACAGAAAAGACAUUAAAAAGGCGAAAGGUGUAAAAAAUAACAUCGUAGCGCGAACAAUAACGUUCGACGAUUACACGCGGUGCUUGAAUGAAGAGAUCGAAAUGACUCGUCGCCAGUCAUGUAUAAGAUCCAAGCUACACUAA